AUGGAGAGGCUGACCCUGACGAGGACAACUGAGGAUCCUCUCCUUACAGCUAUACCCCUGGGUAGGAACACUGUCAGUGAUUACAAGGUGUUCAGGAGGCCCUUCUGUCAUCUGUCUACCUACAGCCUGAUUUGGGGCAUGGCAGCAGUGGUGCUGUGCGCAGCACAAGUGGAAGUGGUGACCGAGGAUCUAAGAGAGAGGCUGAACACACCUGCUUCCAUAAGAUGCUCUUUGAAAAGUUUCCAGGAUGUCUUGGUUGUGACAUGGCAGAAAAAGAAGGCUACAAGCCCAGAAAACAUGGCCACCUUCAGUGAGCUCCAUGGUGUUGUAGUCCAGCCUGCCUAUAAGAACAGGAUGAACAUCACUGAGCUGGGACUCCAAAACUCAACUAUCACCUUCUGGAAUACCACCCUGGAGGAUGAAGGGUGUUACAUGUGUCUCUUCAAUAUCUUUGGUUAUGGGAAGAUCUCAGGAACAGCCUGCCUCACCCUCUAUGUGCAGCCCACAGUAUUCCUUCACUACAAAUACUCUGAAGACCACCUAAAUAUCACUUGCUCUGCCACUGCCCGCCCAGCCCCUCUGGUCUCCUGGAAGGUCCGUGGAUCAGGGAUUGAAAAUAGUACUGAGAUUCUCUCUAACCCAAAUGGGACCACAUCUGUUACCAGCAUCCUCCAGGUCAAAGACCCCAAGAGACAGGUGGGGAAGGAGGUGGUCUGCCAGGUGCUGCAUCUGGGGACUGUGACCUACUUCAGACAAAGUGUGAGCAAAGGCUAUUGGUUUUCAGUUCCGCUAUUGCUAAGCAUCGUCUCCCUGGUAAUUCUUCUGGUCUUAAUCUCAAUCUUAUUAUACUGGAAACGUCACCGGAAUCAGGACCGAGUAUCUUCACAUAAUAGCCGCUCCGAGAACACCUGUGCACACAUGAAUGGAGAACAGGAAGUUCGAGAAUGCCCUUUCAAUGGCCUCGUCAGCAUCCUUCACCUUAGUUCACCCACGAGGCAGAGAGGACCUUUCUGGACAUCCCCAGAUUGA